AUGUGGUUGUUCAUGAGAAAUGAGCCUUCUGGAUUUUCUUCAGCUUCCACAGCUGAAGAAGUAACCAAAGGGAUUGAUGCCUCUGGCCUCACUGCUAUUGUCACAGGGGCUUCAAGUGGAAUAGGAUUGGAGACAACGCGUGUUCUAGCAAAGCGCGGUGUUCAUGUCGUGAUGGGAAUCAGAAACAUGCCUGCUGGAGAGAGAGCAAGACAAGUGAUCAUGAAAGAGAAUCCAUCUGCCAAGGUUGAUGCCAUUCGGUUAGAUCUCAGUUCCAUGGAAUCCGUUCGAAGUUUUGCAUCCGAGUUCACAUCUUCUGGUCUACCUUUGAACAUUUUGAUUAACAAUGCUGGUAUUAUGACGCCGCCUUUCGCGCUGUCUGCAGACAAGAUAGAGCUGCAGUUUGCUACAAAUUACUUAGGCCAUUUCCUGCUAACUCACUUGUUACUCGAGACUAUGAAGAAGACAGCUCGCGACACAAAGAGGGAGGGGAGGAUCGUGAACGUCUCCUCAAUAGCUCAUCGCAUUUCCUACAGAGAAGGAAUCCGGUUUCACAAACUCAACGACGAAAAAAGUUAUUCCAAGGUUUUCGCUUACGGCCAGUCAAAACUCGCUAACAUACUGCACGCGAACGAGCUAGCCAGACGGUUAAAGGAAGAGGGUGCUGACGUAACUGCGAAUUCGCUCCAUCCGGGAAUUAUCACCACCAAUCUUUUCCGGCAUUUUGGCAUUUUUGAAGGUUUAAUGAGCGGCGUUGGCCGACUGGUGCUCAAGAAUGUUGAACAGGGGGCUUCAACUACAUGUUAUCUGGCUUUGCAUACACACCUCAAAGGAAUUAGUGGUCAAUACUUUUCUAACAACAAUUUGAGCAAACCAGAUCACAAUGCUACUGACAAAGAUUUGGCUGCUAAACUUUGGGAAUUUACCACUAAUCUCAUCAAUAAAUAGACACACACACACACACACACACACACACACAGUU